AUGCCGACGAAAAUUACCCCUGUGUCGCCAGUCACGGUUCCCGCGGCGACAUGGCGGCAUCUCCUUCGAUCACUCCUUCGCGAGGCAUCCUAUCUCCCCGACCCCAUUGCCAAAGGCUAUAUGCAUCGCUAUGUUCUCGGUCGAUUCCGACACUAUGCGAACAACCCCAGCUUCGAAGAACGGAAUGAUCUAUGGCAACGCUGGCGACUGCGGAAAACAGCUAUCAAGGGCCUGUCGGUACUACAAAGAGCCAAUCAAGGUUAUAUGAAACCACUAGAGAAAGUCCUACGCAUGGCAUAUGGUCGCACCGGGAGGCGGAGGAGGGAACUCGUUCUAGGCCUCAUUGCUCGAGCGACUCCGCCUUCGGAGCCGAAGCCGAAGUGUUUAGAAGAUCUUCUGGCCAAGAAUAGCAUGACAGAGGACUGGAAACCGCCUAGGGUCGUUCAAGAUCUGUUGAAGUCUCAGCUCCAGCAACCUUUGCUUCAAUACCUCGCUGCAGCCCCAAGAAUCAAGGAUUUUGAGCCGGUCAUCCCCGAAAAGAACUCAUGGGCUAGGCCGGUUCCACAUUGCCGGCGAAGGAAUAUCAGAAAGAAAUGGUAUAGCAGAGUCUUGGCCAACCUCCUUCCACCAGUCCCACGCCACGAUCUAAAGAUUCUUGAGGGUCUAAUAUCAGGCCGAUUGCCAUGGACGCCACCUAGAAGAAGGAAAGCCAUUGGAGCUGCCCCUGCUCCUCCAUCUGAGCCAGAACUUGAUGUUGACUUCUUGGUGAAUGGCCCAAAGAAGGGUCAGACGUUCAAGCCCUAUGCCGCCGGGCGACCUCAUGUGUUUACACGUCGGUUCAUGAUCAGAAUCUGGAUGCGCAUCUCAAGUCUAAUACCCCGCGUUCUCAUAAUCGAAGAAGCCGGGACUGGGAACAUAAAGCACAGGUUUACAUGGAAACGAGAAUAUAUGACCAGACCCACUCUUCCAGCGAGGAAAGAAAUGACAGCCGAGAUCUUCGAGGGCGUCGAUUCUCAGGGGAAAUUGCUCGCAGGUCAAUUGAAGCCUGAGCAGCAAGGCAACGAUCAACCUCAAGACGCACCCGACGUCAAGAUUCACUAA